GCUCAUUCUUUCACGGUUUCAGUGUAGUUUGUCUCGCGCCCCCAUUUCCUUCUGUACAAAAUCUCAGAAAAAGGGCAUACAAAUUGAAAGGGCUACCGAUUGCCUAUCUGCCCGAUUGAAUAGUUUCUUUUGUUGGAUCAAAUCUAGGGGAAUUUAGUUUCAGCUCGUUUUAGGCGCGAAGAAGAAUGGGGCAAAGUUCAAAGAAGAAGAAGAAGAAGACUGGAGUGGGGCGGCGCAACAAGGGAAGAACUUCAUCCAAAGAUCACAAUUCGAUUGAUGAAGAUAAUUCUGAAUUGGUGGCCGAAGAGCUCACUGCAUUGUGUGCCAUAUUUCAAGAAGAUUGUGAAGUUAUUUCAAAGUCACCUUCACAGAUUCAUAUCAAGCUCAGGCCAUACUCUGAGGAUGCUGGCUAUGAGGAUUCUGAUGUGUCGGCUCUUCUUUCAGUAAGGUGUUUGCCAGGGUAUCCGUACAAGUGCCCAAAGCUUCAGCUAAUACCAGAAAAAGGUUUAUCCAAAGCUGAUGCUAGCAACCUUUUAUCAUUGCUUUAUGAUCAGGCCAGUUCUAAUGCUCGAGAAGGGCGUGUAAUGAUCUACAAUUUGGUUGAAGCUGCUCAAGAAUUCUUGUCUGAAAUUGUUCCACCAGAACGUCUGCAUGGAUCUGUUUCAUGCCAGACGGCAGAUAUUACCAGCCAACUGACGUAUAAGGAUGGGACAGUUUCAUCCGGUGAUACCUGUUCUUUUGGUGGACCAUUUGUAUAUGGCUUUGUCGAUCUUUUUAGUGGCUCAGGGGAGUCGUGGCAUGUAUCAGCAGGUCUCAACCAUGAAUAUGACAAUCAGCCGAAGAAAAUUGACCAAAUUGUGAAGCCAGCAUUGAAUCAAGCAGCUAAGCAAGAAUCUUUGCGUAAAGCUGAAAUGAAAUUAGAUGCUCUUGAAGAGGAGAGUGAAGGCGAAAGUAAAUGUUGUAGUGAUUUGAGUAAAAGUUAUACGGAUGAAUCAAUCGAAGACCAUGUCAUGUGCAAGAAUAUUUUUCUGGAAGGGAAUCUAUCAGACUGUGGUGAUGCUCAGCGGGAAACUGAAUCUGAACCUUCAGAACUAUCAUUGGUUCAUGACCAUUUACCCAACACCCUAGAAAAAGACCUCAUUCUGGCACAUUUGCUUCGGCUUGCCUGCGGCCCUAAAGGACCACUAUCCGAUGCUUUGCCAGAAAUAACAUCAGAGCUCUUUGACCUUGGUAUUGUCUCCAAACGUGUACAAGAUCUGGCAACCAAACCUUCAAUCUUUGAUGGGACUUUUGAUAAUAUUUUUCAAGCAUAUAAGGUGUCAUCAAAGCUGUCACAAUUUUGGAAAGCUUCAUCUGAAUUCGAAGGGCAAAAUUCUUCACCUCCUCAAAACUCACGAUAUUUAAAUGACUUUGAGGAGCUCCAACCCCUAGGUCAGGGUGGGUUUGGUCACGUUGUGCUGUGCAAGAAUAAGCUUGAUGGGAGGCAAUAUGCCAUGAAGAAGAUUCGAUUAAAGGACAAGAUUCUGCCUUUAAAUGACCGUAUAGUGAGGGAAGUUGCCACACUUUCCCGGUUGCAGCAUCAACACAUUGUUCGUUAUUACCAGGCAUGGUUUGAAACAGGCAUCACUGUCUCCUGUGAUGAUUCCAGCUGCGGUUCCAGAACAGUAGUAAGCUCUAGUUUCUCCUAUGUGGAUAGGAGUGUGUCGGACCAUCUUGGACAGGACAAUAAGCUUGAGUCGACUUACCUAUAUAUCCAAAUGGAAUACUGCCCAAGGACUCUCCGUCAAAUGUUUGAAUCAUAUAGUCAUUUAGACAAGGAACUUGCAUGGCAUUUGUUCCGACAAAUUGUAGAAGGCUUGACACAUAUCCAUGGACAAGGCAUAAUUCAUCGGGACUUGACACCUAAUAAUAUAUUUUUUGAUGCUCGCAACGACAUUAAAAUCGGGGAUUUUGGUCUUGCCAAAUUUUUGAAACUAGAGCAGCUGGACCAGGAUGUGGAUGCUUCCGAGAUGAUAGGAGUUUCUGUUGAUGGCACUGGCCAAAUUGGUACAUAUUUCUAUACUGCACCUGAAAUAGAGCAAAUGUGGCCAAAGAUUAAUGAGAAGGCUGAUAUGUACAGUUUAGGAGUUGUUUUCUUUGAGUUGUGGCAUCCUUUUGACACUGCAAUGGAGCGACAUAUCGUUCUUUCUGAUUUAAAACAAAAAGGAGAGGUUCCUCCUGCAUGGGCUGCUGAAUUUCCAGAGCAGGCAUCCUUGUUAAGGCGCUUAAUGUCUCCAAGUCCAUCAGAUCGUCCAUCAGCCGACGAACUUCUUCAAAAUGCCUUUCCUCCUCGAAUGGAGUAUGAGAUGCUGGAUAAUAUUCUUAGGACAAUUCACACUUCAGAUGACACUGGUGUUUAUGAUAAAAUUGUAAAUGCUGUUUUCAGUGAACACACUUUAAACACGAAAGGCCAUAACACAAAUCUUGAAAGUUCGAAGGUGGCUAGAAGGGAUACCUCGUCUAUUCUGUUGACUGAUAUUCAGACUGAGAGUCGUGAUCAUGUCAUCGAAAUUGCCACAGCAGUCUUCAGACGACAUUGUGCAAAGCGUUUAGAGAUUAUACCCGUGCGAAUGCUGGGUGAAUGUCCAGUGCCAAAUAGUCGAGAAAGGAACUCUGUUAAGCUUUUGACUCAUGGAGGAGACAUGGUUGAGCUUUGCCAUGAACUUCGACUGCCUUUAGUGAAAUGGAUCAUUGCCAAUCGGAGAUCAUUCUUUAAACGCUACGAAAUAGCAUAUGUAUACAGGCGAGCAAUUGGUCAUUCACCCCCAAACCGGUAUCUGCAGGGGGAUUUUGAUAUUAUUGGAGGGGAAACGGCUCUAACUGAAGCAGAGAUAAUUAAGGCCACGAUGGACAUUAUCCUUCAUUACUUUCAAUCUGAAUCAUGUGAUAUUCAUUUGAAUCAUGCGGAUCUUUUGGAUGCAAUUUGGACUUGGGCCGGAAUCAGACCAGAGCACAGACAAAAAGUUGCAGAGCUUCUUUCCCUUUUGGGUUCUUUGCGCCCUCAAUCUUCUGAAAGAAAGACGAAAUGGGUGGUCAUCAGGCGACAACUUCGACAGGAACUUAAUCUUGCAGAAACUGCUGUAAAUAGAUUACAAACUGUGGGAUUGAGGUUCUGUGGAGUUGCAGACCAGGCUCUUCCUCGUUUAAGGGGAGCUCUUCCUCCUGAUAAAACCACCCGCAAGGCGCUUGAAGAUUUGUCAGAACUUUUUAACUAUUUACGAGUUUGGAGACUUGAUCAACGUGUUUAUGUAGAUGCCCUUAUGCCACCAACUGAGAGUUACAACAGGAACUUGUUUUUCCAGAUAUAUUUAAGAAAAGAUGACAAUCCUGGAUCACUAAUGGAAGGAACAUUGCUUGCAGUAGGUGGUCGAUAUGACUACCUGCUCCACCAAAGUGGAGAUUUGGAAUAUAAAUCAAAUCCUCCAGGAGCUGCAGGGAGCAGUCUUGCCUUAGAGACGAUUUUGCAACAUGCUUCUCUGGAUAGCAGACCUCACAGAUAUGAUAUUGUCACGAAUGUUCUUGUUUGUUCAAGAGGAGGUGGUGGUCUGUUAAUAGAGCGGAUGGAACUUUUGGCAGAGCUUUGGGAAGAAAAUAUCAGGGCUGAAUUUGUUCCUCUAUGUGAUCCAAGCCUUAGAGAACAGUAUGAAUAUGCUAAUGAGCAUGACAUCAAAUGCCUUGUCAUCAUCACUGACACUGGUGUAUCCCAAAAGGAUUCAGUGAAGGUCCGACAUCUUGAGCUCAAGAAGGAAAAAGAAGUGGAGAGAGGAAAUCUCGUCAAGUUUCUAUUAGAGGCCAUGUCAUCUCAGUUUAGAAACCCAUCCAUAUGGAACUAGAUUGAAGACGUGGCAGACUUGCCGUUAACGUGCACCCAGUGAAUAAAUAAAAUUCUACCCAAGUCAUGCACCAUAUACUGGGUUGUUCGGUAGAGUGUGUAAUUGUAAUGCAAAAUAGAGUGCAUAAGUAAUGCUUGUAUUAAUUAUUGAAGCACUAUUUCUUAUAUGUGUAAUAGAAAUAAUAAAUCUUGCAUAAUUUCUAUUAAAAACAUGUAUGUUCACAAAGA